UCGUCGCGUUGUGAAGCAAAUUAAAACUUUUUUCCUUUGAACAGUGCGCGAUAACGAGUGAUAUUUUUUUAAGUGAAAAUAUGCCCAUGAAUCGGUUGUUUUAACUAGUGACACUAUUGCCAAUGUCUGGGGCACCGCUUCCGGUACAAGGUGACGAUAUUUUUCACGCGUUUGGAUUGUGAAAAGUUCCGUAAAUGUGUAAUUGAAAUCGGCAAAGAAUCUGCCCCAGGAAAGUGUAACACAUCGAAGAGAGAGAGACAGAGAGGGCUCUGGUUGGUGUGGUGCUAUUAGUUGAAAACUUUUUUUUUUAUGUUAUCGGCUUGCGGGUGGAAGGGUCGAUACGCGGAAACCAGAAGAAGAAGAGAAGCACCAGGAGGGAAGGCAGAAGCGCAAGUUUAACGAUACACAGUAUAAGCCAAGGUUAAUCAUCGAAAGCUUUAGCAAUGGAACAGAUGGAGGUAGAUGAUUCGGUUGUGGAUUUGAGUAUUGGUUCCGGACGUGAUUCACUGACCAUAACAGCCACCACAGCUCGAGAUCUGAGGGCACUAACGCAAAACUCUGGAUUAACUAUAACUCCUGCGCCACCACCACCUCCACCGGCAGUUGCUUCCCCGUCGGCUUCGGGCAGCACAUCACCCAUUCCCGGCCGGCGAGUUCUCCGGCCCCGUACGGAACCGAAAUCGUACGCCGAGGUACCAGACAUAGUUCUUCUGCCGGCCAAGGUGAACGGACGUUCGUACAACGGUGCUGCAGCCGCAGCGUUGUCGGAAUCGGAAGAUGACGAAAUGCCGCCAGUGUUCCCCAUUAAAGAACUCACGGCGGCCGAAAUUUGGGAAAGGGAACGAGGGCUACGCAAACUACGCGAAGAACUACACAACGAAGAAACCAAACUAGUGCUGUUGAAAAAACUGAAACAAUCACAACAGGUGAUGAUGAAAGAGAAUCUCAUCGUUACGCCUAGCAAUUCAAACAACAUGAACAUGAACAGUAACAAUCCGCUGGCGUCGAUUCCGGCGGCGUUGACCAAGGGUUCGCUAAGCGUUACCCCAACGAAUGCGGUUCCACUGCCUGCACAUUCGAAAUCUUCCAAAGCCAUUACGGCUACACCAGUAAAUCGAGGAUCUCCAAUCAACAUAACGCCGGUGACGAAACCCCCUCAACGACAACCUUCGCUUCCGGGAGGUGCCACACUCACUCCUAGUGGACCCGGUCAGCGACUACCGCUUGGAUUGACGCGGACCGGUUCGAAUUUGACCAUAACGCCAUCGGUAACGAUAACGCCCACCAGUGCACCAUCCAGUAGUAUGAAGCAGCGUAAUUAUUCAAACAAUAUCUCCUCACUCGGUGGCAAUAAUCUUAUGGAUACUACCGCUUUGAAGUUACAGUCCGGACAGAUAAGCAAUUCGGUAUCCAUCACCCCAGCACCUCCGCAGAUUCCUGCACAGAUUAGUUGCACCACAGUGGAACCGGUAUCACUAAAGCGUGAUCGUGACUCGAUGCGAGAUGAUGCUCAAACUCAAGCUCAAAGGCAGGCAGCAGCAAAACUGGCUCUCAGGAAGCAGCUGGAAAAGACGUUACUCCAGAUCCCACCGCCAAAGCCCCCACCUCCAGAAUUGCACUUCGUGCCGAAUCCAAGCAAUACCGAAUUUGUGUAUUUGCUAGGUCUGGAACACGUGAUCGAUUAUCUGACGGAGAAGAAACCAGUCCCACCGCAACAGCCGUAUCGUUGCGCCCAGUGCAAGAUCGAUUUUACCCCCGUUUGGAAAUGGGAAAAACAGGGUAAACGAGGAAAUCCCACUUUUCAGAACACACCAGCUGGCAAAGAUCCCAAGGUCCUUUGUGAACAGUGUGUCACGAGUAAUGUCAAGAAAGCCCUCAAAGCAGAACACACGAAUCGUCUGAAGACGGCGUUCGUGAAAGCACUACAGCAAGAACAGGAAAUUGAAGCUCGUUUGGCCACACAAAACAGUCCGUCGCCGGUUGACAUCCGUCCUACGCCAACGUCAACGCCCAAUGCUCGUGAGCGAGAACUUCAGCUAUUGGAGCAGCAACAGCAGCAGCAACAGGAACAGCUUAAACAACAAGCGGAAGAGCGUCAGCGGCAACAGGAACGUCAAGCUCAACAAGAAAGGGAAGCUGCUUUACGACAACGCCAAAAGGAACAGCAAGAACAGCUACGCCAACAGCAGUUGCAGCAGUUACAGCAACAGCAAUUGCAGCAGCAGCUGCAACAGCAACAACUCCAGCAACUACAGCAGCAACAGGAGCAACAACAACGUCACCAUCAGCUUCAGCAGCAACACGCUCAUCUGCAGUCGCAGCCGUCGAAAUCGAAAACUCCGACUCCCAACUCUAAUAGACCCACUCCGACGCCUCCGAAUCAACAGACGCCCCCACCUUCGUCCAGCUCCCGUUCAGGCAGACACAGUAGUACGGCCAAUGCGGCGGCGGAAGCUGCAGCAGCCCAGCUCACGGCGCUGGCCGGUUUGGGCGGUCUCGGCGGGCUUGGGGCUCUCGGUAAUCUGGGUAGCCUGGGCAACCUCAAUCCCACGGCAGCGGCUGCAGCUAUGCAAGCCUUCCAGCAGCAGCUUUUCAGAGGUCUUCAACAAGGUCUAGCCUCCGGUAAUCUCAACAAUCUACAGGCGCACAUGAUGCAAUUCUCCCCUUUGCUCUACUCGUAUCAAUUGGCCAUGGCACAGGCUGCAGCUUCACUCUCGGCGGCCGGAGCCGGUAAGACGGGUGGCAGUGGAUCCGGCGGGGGUGGCGGUGGAAGUAGCAGCAGCAGCUCGAGCCGAGCUAAUGCAGCGGCGGCAGCGGCCGCAGCCUCCCUGGCCGAAAUGCAGCAAGCGAUGGAACUGCAGCGCCAGUAUCUGGAAAUGAUGCCCCAAAGUGGACCGGGUCCGAGCGGUAAUCGGCAGCAAAACUGGAAAUCGUAAGAUUGGCACUUUAUCUUUGAUUUCCGUUGUUUCUCAUGAGACUACUACACACAAGAACUUUGGUGCUGACUUAAGUGGAUGGAUUCAGUUGUACUAUUGAGAAAGGUACUGCGUUUUUAUGACUAUUCGUAACUUUCAAAACCGAACCGCGAGAUGGCGGGCAACGUUUAUUAAUUUGAAUUAAGACAUCGGAACGAAUCUAUCGAACGAAUUUUUACUACAUAUAGUUUUUGUUCCCAACCUCCCAUUAUGAAAGCCGAUAUGAGGGAACAUAGCUGCAGUUAGAAACGAUAACUAAAACACUAGUUUAUGAAAUGAGUGAGAAUCAAUAAUAGCAGGUAAUUUUGUUUCCACACCCUUUUUACGUUGAAUUUGUGUAGUUUUUACGCCUUCGAAGUGUACCUUAAUUAGUUUACUAUGAUACCACACUCAGUUUUAAGUUUUUCCACAGAAUAGAGUAAAUGGUGGUCUUUCUGAAGAGACCAUAACGAAAGAAAAAAUUUGAUAAAUUUAUGAAAUUUAAUUCAUGUCCUCAUGAUAUUUUUGGAUUCAUUAUGUUAAAAUUAGACAAUACUUAACUAUUAAUGCAAGCAAUAAUGUUUUGUUUUUUGUUACUUCAACUUUUUUUCCUUAAUUUUCCUUUGAUGGAUUACAAACUAGACAAUUGACAAACAUUGCGUCAGAGCUCGUUUUAUUCUAAAGUUGUACUUUGAAGAAAAUUGUUUAUUUCUGCACUUAACUUCUUCGGGAAAUCGAGGUUAAAAACGAUUUUAAUUUCUUCUAAAUCUUUUUCUGAACGGAUGGUUUUAAAGCUACCGUCAAACAGAACACUGUGACUGAAAAAGAAAUUCUCAACACGAGAAAAAAUUAUAAUGACUCCACAAGUUAUGGACAUUUUAAAGAUUCCAAAGGAGCUCUAAUUUGUUCAAUUGUAACCACUCAUCCAUCGAAUAAUGUUGUAAAGCAUAAACCAAAUACAUGAUUCGAAUAAAAGAAUAACCUGACCUUGAAGUUCUUUGUCAAAUUUCAUAUUUUGUCGAGAAGAUUGUCUAAUUAAUAUGUCUAACUUAACAUUGGAAAUAAUUUAUGAAACAUUUGAACUGCAUUAGCUAAUUGUUAAUACACCUUUCAGUGAACUGAUCUAAAAUCACUGACUUUAGUUUUGAAAUAUUGAAACGCUGAAAAGCAAAUGAUCGAUUUGAAAUUUGAAUCAAAUAGAACCUCCUUUGUAUGGAACCUAUCCUGAAAACAUCUUAAAUUUUCAUUUCGUUUACCAUGAUGCUCACAGAAAACUCGAUAACAACUCAAAAGCAUAGCUAAUCAAAACUAUCAAUAAAAAAUUAAAGUUAAAUACGUACACAGCAAAACAAAACAACAACAAAAAUGUUGAAAGCCAAACUUCGUAACUUUUCUAAAAGGUGAGUCGUCCUCAUAAUAAAGAAAUAGCAAUGCAUUAAAAGUAUGAGUAGGUCCAUUUCGGUAGAUCCAACUUUUUAUUAUUUUAGUUCCGUUUCAUUAAAGAGAAACUUUAGAGAGAGCGAGAAAAAAUUUAAAGUAUUUUAGGGCUGUAAUAUUAACAAACAACAAAAAUCUCGAUUUGUAAGAUUUGAUAACUGAACAAAAAAAAAAACAUUUUUGGCGUGAUAUGAAACAAAAUUCUAACCCGGAAAUAAGCGUGAAAUUUUCAAAUGUGGAAAAUUUGUAUUUGUGAGACGGAAUUUUCGAAGCGCUCUUCUUUCGUGUAAGGAAACGUGUUGUGACGACCGUUUGUUGUUUUGCUCUGAACAACGGUUUGUUCGGCGAAACUCAAGACAACAGAAAACAAAAGAAAAAAAAAGUGUGAAUAGUUAGUUUAGGUCUAAUUUUAACUAUAUGCUACUAGGUUGCUCAAAUGGUUCUCAAGAAAAAUAAAAUAGGAACGGACUUUUGGAUCGAAUGAUACACUACUGAUGACGACUAACGAAAGGCGAAAAAAAAGUUAUGUUAAGAAGUAGUAUCCGGCGAAGUGUAAACUAGCUUCGUUUAAUAAGUCUUAACAACACCCAGCAAAACAAUUAUUGGGAUUAAGUAAUUGUUUAUUUUUUACGAUACAACCUAAACAUUAGUAACGACGAUAUUCGCUGAUAACAAAAAACUGUCCUUUUGAAACAAACAGAAAAAUGGAUUGAAAAAUGUA